UAUCAAAAUGCUGUUGAUGGAUUACCGGGAGAUGUUCCAAGUACUUGGUGGAUGCUGGAGACAUGAUCCCGGAAGCUGUUCUUAUGGUGAGGAUGCUGCGAGUAUCGACCUCUUCCAAGACCAUGACAUCAAUUCAGACACAAGACACGUCAACAUUACUUUCCAGAUUCUGUACGAGAUCGUCCUCGGGUUUGACCUGAACGCUUCGGUAGCCCCCUUCACCACCCUCCUCCAGCAAGCGUUGCUUCGCUUGAAGACUGAAGCAUCCUCUUCCUCCUCAUCGUCCUCUUCAAGACCACCCAAGCUAACACCUGCCCUCUUGAAUAGUACAUCGCAUUUUGACGUAUAAAUCACCAACGGCCAAACAGGGAUGCACUAUUAAUUAUAGCGACUCACAAAAUUUUACUUGCUAUCACUGUCCCUAUUCGUGAGUCCUCGGCUAGGUUUGUUUCGGUAAUUUAGAACAUCAUUUAUGUGACGUUGUAACAACUUGGGAGAAGGGCCUCUGGUUGCCUACGACUCGGCCACUAGUCGUCACCAACACUUAUCUUCGGCGUACUAAACGACCCUCUUAGAUCCCAUUUAUCUUUAACGACAUUACUUCAUCGCUGUUUCAUUACCAACGUAAUACUCCCUGAACAACGCUUUUAAACCUAAAUAUCAUCUAAUUAGUAGUUCAACCCCAUCUGUGUGAAUCGUUGCUACGGCUCUUGUUGCCAUUACUACUGUUAAGUACUACUCAUGCCAUAACUAGACCUCGUACUAGCUAUUACUUUCAUGUCCGAGUUUUAAUGACCAAACUAUAGAGCAGAAGAUGGAGGAACGUCGUCGUCUCUCAUCUUCUGACCUGUGGUUUGGUCAUCGUGUCUUCAGCCACGUUAUUGUGACUCAUCGUCUGCAUUACUGAGUUUUAUCACCACUAAGGUUGUCAUCACAGGUAUGCAAUAAUUUAACAGUAUUUCUUCAUUUAAAUUUUAAUCUAUAAGUUGUUCAAAUCAAGUGUGGAAAAUAUUAGAUUGUUUGGCACUGGUUUACUCCUGUUCAGUUUUGCAUUAUAAAAUUGUAUUAUAUUAAUUUUAAUGCUAUCAUAAUAAUAAUUAUUAAUUUUAAUUAUAUAAUGACAUUCUAAAAUUAUAACGUUUUGUAAAAGUUAUUACUGAUAAUGAUUCCGAUUCCUUGAGGUUUUCUCUGUGUUUCAAGUUACUUCAAUGAAAACGCAAUGGAAACGUAACACUUUUAAAGGGGGUCUAAUGAGAUGAGAACCACUCAUUGUGAGUAAUAUUGGUCUAAUACGGUAGGUCUCAGGAACCAUGUUACCCUUAUGGAAGUCAUCCAUUUACAAGAUUGCCCCAAUGGUGCUUGACACUUUUUUGAAACGUGAGAGUCAAUAAGUUACUCAUAUGAGUAAUAGUGAUAUAAGAGUACAAGAGUUAUACAUUUAUGUUCUUCACUUCAGAGAGUUGAAAGAGACGAAUGUCGUCAAUGCCUUAACAUGCACACCAGGGGACUGUCCGCCCCCAAAAGAUCUCAUUUCUCAUUAUGAAGCCGAGACAACAAUAUAUAACGCGCCUCACAAUGCACAAACAGCAAUGCUUGCAUCAAACAUAAAAUUAUUUCAAUCAAACCAGAUCAUCAGCAUAGAUAUUUUGACAAAUAACACUGGAAUACUCGACAGAUACAGUGACAAUAGAAGAUUAGACAUCAGUGAAACAUUACACCUCAAACAAAUUAAGCCAACAAUUAACAGCCAAUUCACACUUGGUAGCAUUCUACCAUCUUUGAGACCAAGACGAAGCAUCCAGCAUUCGGCACCAACUUACAAGUUCAAGUUGAAGUAUGUUUAUUGAGACAAGAUAAAAAUACAUCUCAAAGGGAUAGAGUAGCUAAGGUUAUUUCUACCCUCCUUCCAACUUACAUUAAUGGGUAAGAUGCAGUGGACUUAUUGGCCCAUGCCAUACUUCAAUUCAACUCACUCUCGUUUAUAUUUUCGGUUGUUCCAGCUAGAAUGUAUUCAGUGUAUUCACUCGACGUAACGCAUCUCUUAGCGUGAGUCCAUAAUAAAAUUGUAAAUGAAC